AUGGACAACGGCUGGGUUAAACCGGGAGCUAUUAUUAUCGUGUCGUUUAUGGUCACGUUUAAAUUGUGCGUUUCCACCGAAAUGUCAGCCUUCAAACUCCUCGCCUCGUUCCUCCCAAAGCUGCCUUUCCGUCCCUUCGCCUCCGAAGCCACCUUCAAGACCCAGCCCUACGUCCUCUACCGCCUGGAGGGCCCCCCCGCCCCCGCGGUGACCCUCAAUCGCGCCGAUGCACUCCGCUUCUUCGAGGAGAUGGUGACGAUCCAUCAGAUGGAAGCCACCCUCAACCACCUCUACAAGUCCAAGACGGUCCGCGGCUUCUGCCACCUGUACUCCGGUCAGGAGGCCGUGGCCGUGGGCACGUUCGCCGCGCUGCGCCCCCAGGACACCACCAUCACCACGUACCGGUGUCACGGCUGGGGCUUCCUCUACUACCAGUCCGUGGACCCCAUCAUCGCCGAGUUGGUUGGGGUGCGCUCCGGGUGUGUGCGCGGCAAAGGCGGCUCUAUGCACAUCUACGGCAAGCACAAGGACUUUUACGGGGGCAGCGCCAUCGUGGGGUCGCACGUCCCCGUAGGGGUGGGGAUCGCGCUGGCCCACAAGUACCGCAACACGGAUGCCGUGAGUCUGAUCUGCUACGGGGACGGCGCCACCAACAACGGCAACGUACUGGAGGCCUACAACAUGGCGAAGUUGUGGGAGCUGCCGUGUUUCUUCCUGUGCGAGAACAACAUCUACGGGAUGGGGACGAAGUUGGAGAGGACCACGAAGAAUACCAACGUCUUCGCCAAAGGGGAUUUUAUUCCGGGGAUUCGGGUGGAUGGGAUGGAUGUGUUGUCGGUGAGGGAGGCGGCGCGGUUUGCGAUCGAGCACAUCCGGGCGGGGAAGGGCCCCAUUAUUGUGGAGGCGCAGAGUUAUAGGUACUUCGGACACUCGCUGUCGGAUCCUGGUACGACUUACAGGACGUACGACGAAAUCAAGGAGGUUCGAACGACGAGGGAUCCGAUUACUACGUUCAACAAGAAAAUUUUGGAGGCGGGGUUGGCUACCGAGGAGGAGUUGGCUGCAAUAGAGAAGAAGGUGAAGGCUAGUGUGCGUGAAAGCGCGACGAAGGCGGAAGCUGACCACCCGGUGGAUGUUGAGGAGCUGACGCACGAUAUUUAUGCGAACGAGGUGAUCAGUGAAGUUCGGGGAAUUAAUAAAGUGUGGAAGCACAAGUCGUCUGGGAGGGCUUGGAAUCUGAAAUAGUCACAAAAUGUCAAUGUUGUUGUAUGUAAUUGUGGUGUUGUAGGAAU